UGACCGAAACAUUAACCGCACUUACCGCCACGAUCCGGAAUCGCCUCACGUACUUGCCCCUGGAGAUCAUACUUCUGACGGACCGGGAAUAUCUCGCGGCAGGAAGAAUGUUUCAAAUACCUGAACGGGGAAGUGAAAAAGAGCCAGGGAGCGAUCAGGGUAUUUCCCUUGGGUAUAGGAGAUGGCGUUUCUCAUGCUUUGCUCAAUGGGAUUGCCCGAGCAGGAAACGGCUUUUCCCAGGCUGUACAGAGAGGUGAAAGUAUGGAUGACAGUGUUAUUCGAAUGCUGCGCGGUGCACUUUACCCCCAUAUUACUGACUACACCAUGGAGGUCAAAUACGAAUCCGAAGAUGAUGAUUUGGAGAUCAUUGAAAGAGUUACAGACACUAUGAAGCUCCUUCUAUCGAACAAUGACGAGAAAAUGGAACAACCGGAUCAGCCGAUGCUUCCUACAAUCUCUCUGUUUGACCCUACCUUUGAGGAACCUAGAGAUACAGUCAUUAAGGCUGGACCUCGUCAACAGCUACCAGAAAUUCCAACCCCGAAACUGCUACAGGCCCCACACAAUAUUCCUUCUUUGUUUCCAGAAGCCAACGCUGUAGUAUACUUGUUGAUGUCUCCGGAAACCAUCCAACGAAACCAUACAGCCGUUGUUUUGAGAGGUAAAUAUGUACAUGGUCCCGUAGAGCUAUCAAUUCCUAUCGAAAGACUCCUGGGAGAAAGCCAAACUAUACAUCAGCUCGCAGCUAGAAAGGUUACGCAAGAUCUUGAGGAGGGUAGGGGCUGGGUAUACGAUGCAAAAGAGGAUCAUGGUGCUUGUUUAAAAGAUCGUGAUCCAUCUCUGUUCGAUGAUAUUGUUAAACGACAGGCCGUACGAUUGGGGCAGCAAUUUCAAGUUGCUAAUCGACGGUGCUCGUUUGUAGCCGUCGCUGAGAAUGACGCCGAGAAUAAUGAGAAGCAAGAGUUUCGAUAAUUUGAUUUCGUCAGGACCAGCAAGAGAGAAUCCCAAAACACUAAUUCCUUCGCCAGUGAAACUUCACAACAACCAAGUAGACAUCCGCCUGGAGUGGACUUAAUGACGAGACCCGCAGACGAUUCUAGAUCAACUUAUGAUCGACAUAGAUCACUUUUUCCAGCUCCACAACGUUUGGGAAAUAGUCAUCACAAAGCGUCGGACCUAUUCAAUACAAUUAUCUCAUCUGUCGAGAAUUCCACUGGUGUAAACUCGACAACGGACAGGAACAGACUCGAGGGACUUGCCAAAGGGAACCAGGCUCCUAAUGAUCUAAAGAGAAGCUUUCAAAAGUUCAGUGGCGUUCCUGCUCAACAAUCAAGAAGGAACCACGAAACCAUACCAUCGUCAGAACUCGUGAAAAGAAGCAAGGCCAUUUCAUUUUCCAUUUUCCAUUUUCCAUUUUCCAUUUUCCAUUUUCCAUGAACUCAGUUCCACUUGUUACUGACACCAUAUCGGUCGCUCUUUCUGAAUCCUAUUCGAGGAAAUCAUUUGAGGAGGAUUGGACCGGCGCUUCUUCAGAAAAGAUAGUUUUGAGAAUCAUCGAGCUUCAACAAAUUGAUGGUACCUGGAUGUCUCUACCAGAUCUUGAGCCCGUUCUCGGCUUCAAGGUCCCCCAGGAUGUCUUCAAUGUUCAGAGAGAUACCAAUGGCCAAAAAAUGUGGAUCACAUUAAUUGUUCUGGGCUUCCUUGAGCAUACAAUGGCAAGAGAGGCAGAUGUUUGGAAGCAUGAUGUUGUUAAGACAAAGAUGUGGUUGAUUAAUAUGGAGGGUCAAUGUGUACAAGAGUUUGAGUAGAUGAAGAAGACAGCUAUGGAGGUUGUGAAGAAGGCCAAUCAAACGGCUGGUGAGAAGACUGUAACUGCGAGCGAU